AUGCCCACGCUAAUACACGAAUAUUUUAAUCGUAAACAUACCGAGUGGAGUAUCACUGAAUAUCUAAACGAAAGCAAUGAAGAACCGUUUCAAUUAAAAAUAGAUGUAUAUCUAAAAAGUCUUGCGAACAUUAUCAAAAGUGAUCAUGGAAAGAGACGCGACAGAGCGCGAGAUCUUCUUGCUAAAGAACCUAGACCCGAUUACGAAUUAGCAAGGAGAUGGGAGAAGGAGCGUUCGCGUAAGCAGGUCUACCUUCAUCAACCAACUAUAAACGGGACUGUAAGUGGUCCGAUAAAUGGUGCAUAUAUAACUGGGACUGUAAGCGGAACUGGUGUAACAGUUGGAACUGUAGGCGGAACUGGCGUUGAAUUAUCCACAUCAAAAAAAAGAGAUCAAGAGGUUGAAGCCACUAGUUCAUUAAUAAAUAUCACCAAAGAAACCUUUGCGACGACAAUUGGAAACGUUCAUUCUGCUGUCGAAAACAUCAAUGAUACACUGAGGAUUACAGGAGGUGAGUCAGUAACAGCUACCAAUGAGAAACGUGCUCAUUGUGCUACUUCAGCUUCAGCGACAGAAGAAUCUGCUAAACGGCUCAAGAUCAGUGGUGAUCCGCCAAGACGUAGUAUUAGUACAGAAUAUGUAUGGCUUCUUUAUCAGCAAUCAAAUGACUAUGACAUCGAUAGGACAUGUGAUGACAUUGAUGAAACAUGUGAUGAUAAUGAUAACACAUUCAAUGAUGUGCUUUCAGAAUGCAUUGAGGAUGAUAACUUCACAAUGGACUUGAAAUCAGUUGCCAAGCAACUCAAGCAGACGCCAUUGGAUGAG